CUCUACUCAGGUCUAUCCUCUUUGACCUCAAUAGUGGAAGUCGAUUAUAAAGGUUAUAAAAUUAGAUAUAGAAAAAAAACUAGCCGUUAUUUCUCUUCAUUCGGAUUUUUUUCGUUAAUAGUGGAAGUUGAUUAUAAUAAAGAUGAUAAAAUUAGAGAAAGCAGAGCCACUUUCGCAGCUGUUACUCUACUUUUCCUACUGUAUUUCAAUCUAUAUCUGAAAAUGACCGCCGUUAUAGUUCAUGGCGCUGAUCGGCCUCUGAAAAAACCGUUUGAAUUCAAAAGUUGUUUAUAUAAAACAAAAGAGCGAGAUAAAACUAAUAAGAUGAAUCCUUCGCAAUUGGAGAAAAACUCUCGUCGAUCACUCUCAAUUUUGAAAGGUCCAAAAUCGAGAAAUCCACUGGAAUCUCUGGAAUCUGCAGCAUCAUCAACUGAAACUACACCAUCGAGAUUGAAGAGGAGAGUUAGUUUUGCUGAGAAAAAACAUGUCAAAGAAUUCUGCGACUCUAUGGAGCAGGGCACAGUCUGGGACAACACCUACGAGGAGAGCGACAGCUCUCACAUGGCGAGAAGUCACCACGACGAGAAUCAUCAACCGCCAAUCCACCCGGCGCCCCCACCCUUUCCCCUCCCCUCCCUGAGUGACUCUGACUCUUCCCUAAUCUUCGAACACCCAAAAACCCCAGUUCUCGAUCUAAACUUCGUAGGCCCCCACGGGAUAGAACAGCACCCCGACCUCCUCCUAGAAAAAGAAAACAUUCCGAUGAAUCCCAUGGCGAGCCUAUCAGAGCCAAGUGAUGAGAUGAUUCCCCUUCCGCAGCUCUCCCCGGGGAUUCCCUCCAGUUCUCACAAAUUCGCUAUCUACUGCGAUGACGAAAACUCCCCUUCUUCCACAGAAAAAUCAAAAAAUCCUUCUGCAGAUGAAUCAGAAGAUCGCACACUAACUUUGACAGACUCUCAAUGCCUUGACUUCACUGAGGAUGAACCUGAAAGGGCAGAAGUCAUCCCAUCUAAGCUCACGAAACCCAGAAGAAGUGCCUUCGAUGGGAUGGAGAUGACGGAAGCCCUGUCAUCAGUUCUGUCAAGCAUGGAACCUAGAGACAAGACUAAAAAUGUGACAUCAGUAUUAGCACAAAAGUCCAUAUGGAGUAUACUACACGAUGAAGAAGCAAACAAGGUAUUAAAGCCUUCAUCAAGAGACAUGGAAGAGAGUGCAGGGACUCCCUCAACCAGGAAGAGUGUGUUAAACCUCGAUGAUCUGAGGUCAUCAAUUCUCCCAUCAUCAGAAACCCAAGAAAAGACUCAGUUUUUCCAUCACGAAGUCGACGUGACUGGCCAUAUCCCAUCCGUCUUAAAUCCUCCUACAACCAUCACAGGUGUUCUGAACUCUGAUGAAAUGGAAAUGACAGAAGGAAUAACUCCAUCUUUCCCACCAACUGGAGACAACCUAGAUGAGAGCGGAAUGGAACUGACGAAGGCAAUAACUCGUCUACAGCCGAUAAACGAACCUGAAGACAGAACUCAAUUCUUCAAUGAAGUAGGCAUGGAGAUGACGGAAGUAAUCAAUCGUCUGCAGCCGAUAAGCGAACCUGAAUACCAAACCGAAUUCUUUAAUCAACGAAAGAUGGAGAUGACGGAAGUAAUCAAUCAUCUGCAGCCGACAAGCGAACCUGAAGACAGAACCCAAUUCUUUAAGCAAGGAGACGUGGAGAUGAACGAAGCAAUCAAUCCUCUGCAGCCGAUAAACGAACCUGAAUACAGAACUCAAUUCUUCUAUCAAGGAGGGAUGGAGAUGACGGAAGCAAUUAAUCGUCUGCAGCCGACAAGCGAACCUGAAGACAGAACCCAAUUCUUUAAGCAAGGAGACAUGGAGAUGACCGAAGCAAUCAAUUCUCUGCAGCCGAUAAACGAACCUGAAGACAGAACUCAAUUCUUCUAUCAAAGAGGGAUGGAGAUGACGGAAGCAAUCAAUAAUCUGCAGCCGACAAACGAACCUGAAGACAGAAAUCAAUUCUUCUAUCAAGGAGGGAUGGAGAUGACGGAAGCAAUUAAUCGUCUGCAGCCGACAAGCGAACCUGAAGACAGAACCCAAUUGUUCUACCAAGGAGGUAUGGAGAUGACCGAGGUUGUCCGUCCGCAGGCACAACUCCAGAACUCCCUGAUGGAGUUGACAGAAGCCAUCCCAUCGCUGAAACGUCCUUACGGUGUCAUCUCAACAAAAGAUAUUAGAGAUUCAACUACCUCCAGUCCUCGACCAAAAUCUUCGAAAGAAUACGCUUCAUCUUCUAAGAAGGCUCCUUCGAAGCAGGACCGGGACGCUCUGCAUCGUCUCCUCCAUCCAGACUCUCCUGAAUUAUCUUCCCCGAAUCUGCAGAAUGUAUCGAUGGAGUGCAUAGCUGCACAAUCAGGUGUGCAAUUUCCGAAGAAUUGUGGUCAAGACCUUCAUCGUCUUCUUCACUCAGAAACCAAGUCUCCUCAGUUUUUCAAUCAGAAUCAUCACGAAAACUUAACCAGUAGCUGUCAUUCAACAUCUCGUCAAGAUCAUGCUCAACAAAACAAGAAUAAUCUCCAUCAUCUUCACGAACCUGAAGGCAGAGCCUCUUCGCCGAAUCUUGAGAAUCAAUCGAUGGAGUUUACCUGCCGCAUGGGACCUCAACUCGACCGUUUCGUAAACACUCGUCAGGAUGAUUCCAUGGAGAUUACUGAAUGUCGCAUUCCGGUGUCUAUCAGACGAACAAGACUUGAAGAUGUGAAUAUGCCUGUAGAAGCUAGCACGCCAAUCCCAAUAGUAAUGUCUGAUCCUUCUGAAUCGUCCGGAGUCGAGUCUUCAAAUUCAUUCAAGGAGAAUCGCACACCCCCCGGGGAGCAGUCAAAGAUGCAUCCAGUGGCUAGACCACUGUUUGAACGGCAAGAUGAAGAGGUGAGUGAUUCCACUCCAACUCCAUUAGAAGCCUCCGAGGAAUUUGCUGACACCAUCAGAUCGAGACCUACGAUUAACGGAGGAAAUCUCGAAGAUGUGACUUUCGAAUUGACAGGGGCUAUUCCAAAACCUCUGGAGGAUCAUGGAGCAUUAUUAUCUUCGGACCUGCAGAACAUUGAAGCCCCAUCUUUCAUGUUUGCGGACAGCGUCAGUGAUGAGAACAGCUUGCCAAGGAUAGAGGCCAACAGGAGUAAUGAAGGAGUGUCUUUGAGAGAUGAAAGACCAAAAAGACAUGUUGAAGGGGAACUUUUAUGUCAAGAUGCUGAGGCAAUUAGACUUGGGGAUCAAGAGAUUACGUGUGAUUUUCGCCCGGUGCCGAUACCAGAGACAGAAUUCACAGAGGAAAUCAGCAAUUUCGAGAUGAGAAGAAGGACUCGAGUGCUUCAGAAUAACGAAGAGGAGGAAAUCGCGAGGAAACGGAGGACCUACAAUAUUCCAGAGGGAAGUACCCUGUCGACAUCCGUUGCUAGUGAGGAAGAGUUGCCUGCAGUUGAUCGCAGGAAGACUCACACAAUCCGCAAGCAUGAGGAAGAAGAAGAGGAAGUGAUUCAACGGGUGGAGAAAUCAAAAACGUAUGUCAUCACCAAUCAGUCAUCAAGCAAGUCUUUGGAAAUAGAUGGUCAAGUGAGAGUUGAAAUGUUCAAUAAGAAUACUGUUGUUACUUAUCAAUCCAAAAUGGAUGAUGGAGAAGGACAAACAGGUGAUGCUGGAGAGGUUGAAGAUACGGUUUUGGAAAGAAGAAAAUGGUUUAGGUCAGACAAUUAUCAUGUUAAUGUUGUAAAUGAUGAGGUGAAUGUAGAGUUUGAUAUUAGAGAGAGAGAAACGACUUCGGUUCCAUCUAUUUCCCGACGAGAUGCAGUGGGAGAGGAAAUGGAUGGAGUGAGCAAGGACAAGGAUGACACAGUAGACAAAUCUGAUCCCAGUCUAGAGCACCUUUCAGAGAAUAAAGGAGAAGUGGAGAUCCCCGAGAAAUUAUCUCGUCGUGCCCAAAUCGUAAGAGAACAUGAUGCACUAGUCAGGGCGAUCAAAAAGUCCAGAAAAAUGGAGGAAAUCAUGCGUCAGAAAAUGGCUGACAUGCAAAAUAAAUCCCCAGAAUCUUCUCCUGAGGUACUUGCCCAUGAUUCUCAGAUGGAAGUUGAUAAAGUUGAAUUGAGUGCAUUCGAGUCAAUGAAACAGAGUUUAGAGGACCGGGCGUCCGGGGAUUGUCUGUGGGUGCCUCUUACAAUUUCAGAAGACAGAGUCUUUGUGGAGUUUAAGAAGACGGGAUUUACCUUCGGGGCUACAUUUAUUGUUCCUGAGGAUGAAGGUGGAAUGGCGAGGAUCAACAAUCUUUAUAAGUUAACUAGGUUAGCUGGCAUUGAGCCCUCAAUUCUCAAAAUGACAGAUCGCUUGAUUGAAGAUAGGAUCAAUACGGAUGAAUUGAAGAAGCAGUUCAUAAGUUAUGAUGACGUUUUACCACUCAUUGAAAGGGUCACUGAAAACGUCAGGUUUAUCUACGAUUUUUACGACGAAUUGAAGAAACUGUAUCGGUCAAAUAAAAUGGAGAUUACGUUGGAGAGGGUAUCCUUCCUCGUGAUGUCAAAAUCAGCAGAUACUAUUCUUGAGGUGUCCAUCAACGUUAAGUCCUUCAAUGAGAUUGGACCGGACGACAUCGAUGUUAGGUGCUUCAUUGGCAGUGUAAGGAAAUCAGAUAUCAAGAAUCUCAUAAAGAAUGUCAAGAGAAAUCAUAAAUUUAUUACAAUGUACAAGAAUGAUGUUAAGGAUUAUAUUGAGCUGAUGGAGGCGGUGUCAGUGAAGAAAUUGGGAGAAUGAUUCUAGGGUUUCUUCGUGUUGAUGUAAUUUUUUAUUAUUGUAGACGCCUGAAUUAUCUCAGAAGUCCAUAUUACGAGGAGAACUUUGAGUUUCAUAUUGUGAGACCCAUAUGAAGGGUGAAACUCAUAGAAUUGAUGUCUUCAAACGGAUUGAGAGAAUUAUUUCAGAGUUAUAAUUCUAUUCUCCAUAUGAAGGCAAUUAUUUAUUAGUGAUAAAAAAAAUAUUGUAAAGCCUUCAUAUGUUAAUAUCGUUUAAUAUCGAAAACAUUGUAAUAUUGUCGAUGCAAUUUUUUAUUAUUGAAGUCGUUUGAAUCAAUUCAAAGGGACAUACUACGAAUGUAAUUUUGAGUCUCAUCUCAGAUUUCCAUAUGAAGGGCCAAAUUGAUAGAAUUAGCUAUUUUCAAAAUGAUUGGGGGAAUUAUUCCAGAGUUAUAACUCUAUUCUCCAUAUGGAGGCAAUUAUUGAUUGUUGAUAAGAAGAAAAAUGCAGACUUCGUAUGGUGAAAGAUUCUAAUAUCAUAAUAAGGUUCUAAAAUUGAAUGUCAAAUAUUGCAAUCAGAUAUAGGCUUUGUUGUACAAUAAAAUGUUACUUUAUUUGCACUCCA